AUCAUAAUUAUAAAAAAAAUUAGUGCCUAAACUUAAACCAUCAAUUUGAUUAUUCAAUAAAUUUAGUUGGAUUUAAUCGGUUUCGAUUUAAAUAAUUUUUUUUCUCAGCCCUACUUGGAAGGGAGUGUUAGAAAUCUUAUGAAAAAAAUAAAAAAUAAAAAAAAUUUAUUAAAGUUUACAAUUCAACCAAUUAACAAACUAAUUUCAGUGAUUUUGAUAUUAUUUAGACCAAAAUUAAAUUAUGUUAGUUGGGCUCCGUGUGCGUCCCAUUCCUAAGGGAACACAUCACAAAUUUCUAAAAAGAAAAAAAGAAUGUAACAUAUGGCAGCAUUACGCUAUUCCUUACGGAAAUAGUGUCCCAUUUACAAUCCGACAGCCCAGCGUAUCUAAACAAAUUUCAAAUUCCCGCCAAACAAGCUCUCAUUUUCCGAAAGCCAUUUUUGAAUUUUUGAAAAGUAAUUUCUUUUUUAUUUUCUAAAAAGUUGAAGUUAAAGCAAAGAGAAGCGGAGGAAAGAGCGAGUUGACUCGGGAAUGGGUGACGAGGAGUUCAUGGCGAACGAGUCUGACACGGUCGGAGCGACUGGUUCUUCAAAUAAACCCCCAAGGCUAUUUAUUAAAGAAAUGGUUAUGAGGAACUUCAAAUCUUACGCUGGUGAACAACGCGUUGGUCCUUUUCACAAGAGUUUCUCUGCAGUAGUCGGACCUAAUGGAAGUGGAAAGAGUAAUGUAAUUGACGCGAUGCUGUUUGUUUUUGGAAAGCGAGCAAAGCAGAUGAGACUUAAUAAAGUUUCUGAACUUAUUCACAACUCUACAAAUCACCAGAAUUUGGAUAGUGCUGGUGUUUCUGUUCAUUUUCAGGAAAUUAUAGAUCUGGAUGAUGGGAACUAUGAAGUUGUUCCACGGAGUGAUUUUGUAAUCACUAGGGUUGCAUUUCGUGAUAACUCUUCCAAGUAUUACAUCAAUGAUCGUGGAAGUAAUUUUACUGAGGUCACCAAGAAACUGAAAGGGAAGGGGGUUGACCUCGACAAUAACCGUUUUCUUAUUCUUCAGGGAGAAGUUGAGCAGAUUUCAUUGAUGAAGCCUAAAGCACAAGGACCACAUGAUGAAGGUUUUCUUGAAUACUUGGAAGACAUAAUUGGAACUGAUAAAUAUGUUGAAAAGAUUGAAGAAUCAUCUAAGGAGCUGGAAUCCCUUAAUGAGAAAAGGUCUGGGGUAGUGCAGAUGGUUAAAUUAGCAGAAAAAGAAAGAGAUAGCUUGGAGGAUGUGAAGAAUGAAGCAGAGUCCUAUAUGCUGAAAGAGUUAUCACUUUUGAAAUGGCAAGAGAAAGCUACAAAAUUAGCUUAUGAGGAUAAUGGUGCAAAAAUGGUUGAAAUGCAAGCAAAUGUUACUAGCCUAGAAGAAAAUUUAAGUGCUGAAAGGGAGAAGAUUCAAGAAAGUCAUAAAACUUUGAAGGAGCUUGAGACUGUGCAUAAGAAAUACGCGAAAAGACAGGAGGAACUUGACAGUGAUCUCAGAAAUUGUAAAGAGGAGUUUAAGGAGUUUGAAAGGCAGGAUGUCAAAUAUCGGGAGGACUUGAAGCACAAGAAGCAAAAGAUCAAGAAACUUGAAGAUAAACUCGAAAAGGACUCAUCAAAGAUUGACGACCUAACAAAGGAGUGCGAGGACUCAACAAAUUUGAUUCCAAAACUUGAGGAUGAUGUUCCAAAGCUGCAAAAACUCUUGGUGGACGAGGAAAGAGUGUUAGAAGAUAUAGUAGAGAAUGCUAAAGUUGAAACUGAAGGACAUCGCUCUGAGCUUGUUAAGGUUCGUGCUGAACUAGAACCAUGGGAAAAACAACUCAUUGAUCACAAGGGAAAAGUAGAAGUUGCAUGUACUGAAAGCAAGCUUUUGAGUGAGAAGCACGAAGCUGGUCGUGCAGCUUUUGAAGACGCAAAAAAGCAGAUAGAUAUUAUUAUGGGAAGAAUUGAAACAAAAACUGCAGACAUUGAAAAACUACAAAGUGAAAUAGAAAAGCACAAGCAUGUAGCAUCAGAAGCCCAUAAUGUGGAACAAGAUUGCAUCAAAGAACAAGAAGCAUUGGUUACACAUGAACAAGCUGCAAGACAAAAGGUUGCAGAACUUAAAUCUACGGUUGAAUCUGAAAGAAGUCAGGGUUCAGUUAUGAGAGCAAUUAUGCAGGCAAAAGAAUCUAACAAGAUAGAGGGAAUAUACGGCCGGAUGGGAGAUUUAGGUGCUAUUAAUGCAAAAUAUGACGUUGCUAUAUCAACAGCCUGUCCUGGACUAGACUAUAUUGUGGUGGAGACAACUGCUGCAGCCCAAGCAUGUGUUGAGCUUCUACGAAGAGAGAAUCUUGGGGUUGCUACUUUCAUGAUAUUGGAGAAGCAAGUUGAUCUCUUGCCAAAGUUGAAGGCUAAAGUAACCAGUCCUGAGGGAGUUCCACGUCUUUUUGAUUUGGUUAAAGUUCAGGAUGAAAGGAUGAAGCUUGCGUUCUAUGCUGCUUUGGGUAACACUGUUGUAGCAAGUGAUCUGGAUCAGGCUACACGAAUUGCUUAUGGUAGGAACAUGGACUUCCGACGUGUGGUUACUCUUGAUGGUGCACUUUUUGAAAAAUCUGGUACGAUGAGUGGUGGGGGAAGCAAGCCACGUGGUGGUAAAAUGGGCACAUCUAUUCGAUCUGCCAGCGUUUCUGCAGAAGUUGUUGCAAAUGCUGAGAAGGAGCUCUCUACUAUGGUUGGCAAAUUAAAUGACAUCCGCCAAAAAAUAAUUGAUGCAGUGAGAAGUUACCAAGCCUCAGAAAAAGCAAUUACUCAUAUGGAGAUGGAAUUGGCCAAAAGUCAGAAAGAGAUUGACAGUUUGAAUUCUGAACAUAGUUAUCUUGAGAAGCAACUUGGUUCCCUGGAGGCUGCAUCACAGCCAAAGAAGGAUGAGCUUGAUAGGCUUAAGGAACUGAAGAAAAUUAUAUCUUCAGAGGAAAUGGAGAUUGACAGACUUACACAAGGGUCUAAAAAGCUGAAAGAGAAGGCUUUGGAGCUUCAGAAUAAAAUAGAAAAUGCUGGGGGUGAAACAUUGAAAGCACAGAAGGCAAAAGUCAAGAAGAUUCAGUCUGAAAUUGAUAAGACAAGCACAGAGAUCAACCGACAGAAGGUUCAAAUAGAGACAAAUCAGAAAAUGAUAAAGAAGUUAACUAAGGGGAUUGAGGACUCCAAGAAGGAAAAGGAUCGAUUUGUUGAGGAGAAGGAAAAACUGAAAAGUGUUUUCAAGGAAAUAGAAGAAAAGGCUUUUGCAGUUCAAGAGAAUUAUAAAAAGACACAGCAGCUAAUUGAUCAACAUAAAGAAGUGUUAGAUAAAGCAAAAUCUGAGUAUGAAAAUGUGAAGAAAAUUGUGGAUGAGUUGCGGGCAUCGGAGGUUGAUGCUGACUACAAACUGCAAGAUAUGAAGAAAUGCUACAAGGAGUUAGAAUUGAAGGGAAAGGGUUACAAGAAAAAGCUCGAUGACUUACAAAAUGCUCUUACGCACCAUAUGGAGCAAAUUCAGAAAGAUCUAGUGGACCCUGAAAAGCUUCAAGCAACCUUGGCAGAUGAGACUCUUGCCAAAGCCUGUGACCUCAGAAGGGCCAUGGAAACGGUAGCAUUGCUGGAAGCCCAACUAAAAGAGAUGAAUCCAAAUCUGGAAUCUAUCUCAGAAUAUCGGGGAAAGGUUUCAUUGUACAAUGGGCGAGUUGAGGAGCUGAACACGGUCACUCAACAGCGGGAUGAUAUAAAAAAGCAGCAUGAUGAAUGGCGAAAGAAAAGGUUGGAUGAGUUCAUGGCUGGAUUCAAUACAAUAUCAUUGAAGUUAAAGGAAAUGUAUCAGAUGAUUACACUUGGAGGAGAUGCAGAACUUGAGCUGGUGGAUUCUUUGGAUCCUUUCUCUGAAGGUGUUGUCUUCAGUGUCAGACCGCCCAAGAAGAGCUGGAAAAACAUUGCCAACUUAUCUGGUGGUGAAAAGACUCUUAGUUCACUGGCUCUUGUUUUUGCACUUCAUCACUACAAGCCAACACCUCUGUAUGUAAUGGAUGAAAUUGAUGCUGCUCUAGAUUUCAAGAAUGUUUCUAUUGUGGGACAUUAUGUGAAGGACAGGACAAAAGAUGCACAAUUCAUCAUCAUAAGCCUUAGAAACAACAUGUUUGAGUUGGCUGAUCGACUUGUUGGAAUCUACAAAACUGACAACUGCACUAAGAGCAUUACGAUCAAUCCUGGCAGUUUUGUGGUGUGUGGAAAUGCUGCUUGAUGCGCAUGUGGAUUUUUGCAUUACGCCCUCGCCGUUCCUCUUGUACAGGCCAGAUUCUUACAACUAUGCAAAUAUCAACUCGAUAUUUAUUUGGAAUAUAUUUUAUUUUACCACAUAUUUAAUGUCCAGCAGGUGUGUGCCUGUGGUAAGCAUAGUGCACAUUAAUUAGCGUCCUUGGAAUUGUUUUGUAGAUAGACAUUUCACUGUAAUGGUCUUUUGGCACAAUCGAGCUUGCUUUGGUAAUGAUGCCUCUUUUAUGUAAUAGUUGGUAAUGAUGCCUCUCUUUGCUAAUUCGAAAUCUGUCAGCCAAAUAUGAGAAUGGUGCCUAACAGGCUACCUAUUUUCCAUCUACUAUAUUUAUUCAACUGAUGAUACAAGUAGCGAAGGUGUACACAGGCAGACUUUCUAUUUAUGGUACAGAGUUGCUAUUAAGUAAAGCAAGAAAAUGAAGACAAUGAUACAAGAAAACUGUCAUGAGCUGAGCUCAUUUGUUGCAGCCUUCUUACUUUUCCCCUUUUGACACAAUAAAAUGGCACUUCUUUCACAGGGCAUCAAAGGGGUCUUUAUUAGUAGGCUGCUCAUUGGUGCUUCUGAUUCUCCGAAGCUUGGCAGAAAAUGAACGUGGAGAAAUUGCUUGGAGUGGCUGAUCAGUUACACGAAUAAAAUUAUAAGACCAUGAUCCAAGCAAUGUCCCAACCACUGGUCCAACAAUGUAUACCCAUAUCCCCUUGUAGUAUGCACUAGCUAUUGCUGGUCCUAGCGUCCUUGCUGGGUUCAUAGAUCCGCCUGAUAUUGGUCUGAAGAUGACUAGACAGGUUGUUAGUUACCAGCUAUUAAAUGUUUCUGGUCUUGGUGGGGGAAUCCUAUAAUGAGAUUUCGGGACUAUGUACAUAUGUAUAUUUUUCUUAAAGAAAAACUCUAAUGUAUAAGGAUGUCAAAACUUCCAAAUAAUUUGUGGGUCAUUUCUUUAAGAUGUUAAUUCUUUUAGUACAGAAUAAGAGGAUUUAGUCAUGUCC